GGGCUGGGUUCCGUGGGGCAGCAGCGGCUGCAGCACCCCGGGCCCCGCGCCGCCCCGGCGGCCGCGGACACUGGAUGCGGGAAUAAUCGAGGACGGGUGGCGUGGGGGAGGCUCGUCCGGUCACUCGGCGCGGGGGGAGCCCUAGCGCCGGGCGUGGGGGCAGGGAACAGGCGGCGCAGGAGAGCGCCCCGAGUCCCGGCGCGGAGGAGGAGCGGGAGCCUGCCCGUGAGACCGCGCUCCUGGUCGCACCUGCGUCGGGCAGACGGCCGCCGGACCCUGCCUUGCCUUGCCCUACCCUCGUCCCCGGCCCCGCACCGAGACACAUGAAAGCCAUCCUUCAGCCAGUCAAGAAUUAACUGAGUACUGGGGUGAAUGCUUGUCUACAUUGCUGAGAAUGGCGACAAGGUCCAGUCUGACACCAAGACGAGGUUAAAUUGGGACACAGCUGCACAGUGAUCCUGAUGUCUGUUCCCAGCCACGCAGUCAAGACUGUGAUAAGAGGCCCCAGUUGUUACCAUGGCUUCUGCCGAGCCCCUGACAGCGCUGUCCCGUUGGUACCUAUAUGCCAUCCACGGCUACUUCUGCGAGGUGAUGUUUACAGCGGCCUGGGAGUUUGUGGUGAAUUUUAACUGGAAGUUUCCGGGGGUCACGAGCGUGUGGGCCCUCUUCAUCUAUGGCACCUCCAUCCUGAUCGUGGAGCGCAUGUACCUGCGUCUGCGUGGCCGCUGUCCUCUUCUGGUGCGCUGUGUCAUCUACACUCUCUGGACCUACCUGUGGGAAUUCACCACCGGCUUUAUCCUACGCCAGUUCAACGCCUGUCCCUGGGACUACUCCCAGUUCGACUUUGAUUUCAUGGGCCUCAUUACCCUGGAGUAUGCUGUGCCCUGGUUCUGCGGGGCCCUCAUCAUGGAGCAGUUUAUUAUCCGCAACACCCUCCGCCUGCGCUUUGACAAGGACGCAGAACCUGGGGAACCUGCCAGCCCACCAGCCCUGGCCAAUGGCCACGUCAAGACCGACUGAGUCAGAAGAUUAAUAUGAGGACCUGAAGUCUCUCGUAGGACCCCAUGAACAGAGAAAGAGAGAGACCAAGCUGAUGUGGUUACCCCUUGGUUCAGCACAAGCCCGGCCCCCAACUGGGUCUUAGCUCAGUAGGGCAAACAUAACCACACAUGGUGGGCAGUAGGAUGGUGUUAGGGAGUUGGGCAACAGAAGGACUUUGAGACUCAUUCGUGGCUCUCAACACAUCCUGGGGACUGGGAGCUGGGUGGUGAAUAAUUGGACAUUGAUGGAUGACUUUGGAAGCAGCAGACCCGUCCUAGCUAAGGGACAUGAACUCUGGGGCCACGGGUGAGAGGCAAGGUCUGAGAGGGCCUUGGCUGCUGUUGGGGGCCACCACCCCACCUGCCCCCUGGCUUCAGCUGGGCUUUGGCUGGUUCCAUUAGGCAAUAUUCAGGUGCUUGCUUGCAACCAAUACCUCCCCAGGGGCCUCUGAGCUGCAGCCUGAGAGAGACCAAGUAGCCAACUGGGCUGCUUAGUGGCACUGGUGGUGUGCAAAGGCUGGGAAGACUUCCUUUGGCUCCUCUCCUUCUCCCUCUCCCAGGGCCCCACGCUGCUCCCUUGGCCUUCUGGGGGCCCCUGUGGUGCUGGAUUCCCACCAACCUUGGGCUUUUGGAGGUUUCAAUCCCCGUGUGUUCGGUGGCGUUUCCCCUUUCUCUUAUGUUCAAGAUAUUUACCAUUAGCAGGCAGCCCUUUCCUCUGUGUCAGACACCAUACCUCCCCUGCUCCCAGCUCCCUAUAGAACACAGCAGUGGCCAGAGGCACAGCUCUGAAGUGGACCCCACCUGCCUUGCUGCAGCCUUCCCUCCACCUUCGUCUGAUGACUGGGGGGUGCCCUGUCUCCCUGGCCCAGGGAUAGUAGUCUGGUGCCCCUUGCCUGAAGAGGUCCUACUGAAAACGCAUAGCAUCCCCAUAAUGUACAGCGAGGCCCAGAGGUGUACAGUGGAUCCACAGUGGGGAAAAAAGGCAGAGUUUUAGGUCCCAUUUGCCCAUAUGGUUUAUUAUUUCAGCCAGUUAACCAGUAUGGCUUCCUGUGAGCUAGAGGAGACCCAUAGAGAACAAGGCAGAUACAGAAGACCAUGGNAGGCUCUUUAGAGGCCCUUUCCUGGAAAAAGGACNAAUCUCACCAUAGCCUCAGCUCAGCAGUCAACCCUCAGGGCUGCUCUUCCUGCAACUCCCCCUGGCCAGCUGAUCCCAUAAGCUUGUUUCUCAAGCAGUGUUAACCCUGUCACACUCAUGGGCCUUGUCAGUUUGGUUAUUGUAACUUUAUCCCAUGAUGGGUCCAUUGCUGGCAGUGGACAGGUGAAAUCUAGGCCCCUUCUGAUUUUGUCCCCCACUCCUUGAGAAGACGGGGCCAUCAACGAGAGGGUAGCAUCCCAUGAGGCCACCCUGGGACCCUCAAAGGUUGAAAUCAGCCCUUAUUUCUUAUAGACCAUUUUCUUAAAUGACCACACCACCUGUGUAUAGUCUCUGGAUCAUGCAGGCAGCACCAAGCCAGGGCCAGCAGCAGGGCUGUCCUUGGCUGGGGGAAAGACUUGGAGACAUAACCUUCUGUGGCAUCUUUUCCCAGAGUGUUCUCUGCCUAGGGUAGAAUGCAAAGUGUUUCCCUGGGUAGGCUUCUCAAAUCACCAAACACCAUUCUGUUGCGGGGGUACUUGUUAUAGCCCUAAUUCCAGGGCUUUGGGCGUUACAGGGAUUCAGGUUUCCAAUGGGAGUGGUUGCUUUCCAUCUACAGGUGGAGAAGAUUCCUUAUUUUCUCCAUUUCCAUAUUAUCUUAAUUACCUGAAUCCUAACGCCUCUCCAGGCCACCUCACACCUGUCUUCACAACUGAGGUAUCCCAGCAUUAAGGCUCCCAAUUCUCAACCAGAAAAGGCCAUUGGGUGGCCCCUAGGUCUCAGCGCUCCAGAUGUUGUCUUGUAGGCAUUCCCUAGUACCAUUUUUUCUCAAAGCUCUAUUAAUCCCAUGUCAGGAGGGGUUCCCAGAGCAGAUCUGCAUGCCUGGCCAUACUCAGCAUUGUGGUCUGCUUUCCUAGGUCCCCUGUUGCUCCUAGGGCCCCUCCUAGGCACAGAACCCCCAGCCAAGGGAAGCUACACCUUAAGGCCUGACCACAGACCUGCAGGGUCAGAUCUCACGGAGUGUAGAUUUCAGCUCUUGCUUAUUGGCUCUCUUCAGGGCUCCAACCCCUUAGUGCUUAGGGGCUCAAAGGUUGGGGGUAAUUAAGCCCUUCUGAGCAGUGGGAAGUCUGCUGGUUGUUUAUGGAGCUGCCCUCUGCUGUUCUGAGCCCAAGGUAGGCGUUUCGGAUAGUAAGUAUGCUGUCCUGCAUGGUUGAGUUGCUUUGGAUGUCUGCUAGGCUUCCAGUACCCUGUCCCCUCCUCAUGCUGGAGAGUCACAAUGGCCUGUGCUUAUUCACAGCAAUAAUAUAUAGGGAGCGUCUGUGAGUCCCCUUUGUCCUGAUCCAUCACUCUUCAUGGAUCUCCCAGGAGACUGCUGAGUGGGUCAGUUAUGUGGAAAUCUAUCUAUGAAGCUCUGGGCUGUGCAAAGUCUUGCCGUAGGAGGCAGGUGAGCAGCCCAGCCCUGAACUAUGAGGAAGGCCAUGGGAGUGCCUUCCACCCUGAAGCCACCCUUACCUGGAGGAGCUGUAGGCCCCAGCUUUGUAACAGGGCCUAUGAAGUGGUUAGGACUGUCUUCCAACUGGACAGCUCUUGAGAAAGGUACAUGAUCAGUUUGUAAGCCCGUUGCCUGCUAUGUCUCCGUUAGUCUGUCUCUCCCUUUUCAUAACUGUGCACAUAAAAUAUACUGGUGUUUGUGUUCCUGGA